AGAAAGUGGGCAGUUCAGUCUUUCUGGCUUCACUUUCUCUGCACUCCCUCUUUUCUCUGCGAACCUCGGAGCGGGUCGGACACCGAAUCAGCUCCGGUACCUGCACGCAGCAUCCACGGCUGCUUUCCCCGCACACAGCGGCCGCACUGCGCCAAAGUGACGGAAAAUAUUUUUUUUUUUUUAAUUGUAAAAACACCCAUCGCCCGAAAUGCUUUUCAGAAGAAUCCGAUGUGUCCAAAUCCUUCCACUCCUUUGUGCAGCCUGCCAUUUAACUCUGGCCUUUCCUGCCCAAAGCCCAUCUGCAUAUGAUGAUGCCCAACACUUUCAGGCAAACAUUGCACACUCAGGCCCGAUAUUUGCCAUGCUGGGCAGCUCCAUAACUAUUCCCUGCUUGGCAUCUCUGUCCACUACACCUGCCUCCUCCUCUGAGUCUGCUCUACCCCGGGUGAAGUGGACGGUGAUCUCUGGUGGCUUGGAGACACAGAUCUUGGUGGCCCGUGGUGAAAGGGUGAAGAUCAGCGAUACUUAUCAGGAUCGCGUUGUCCUGUUUAACUCUUCAUUCUUGCCAGAUGACCUCUCACUGUCGUUGAGUGAUUUGCGCUCCAGUGACUCAGGCUAUUAUCGCUGCGAGGUGCAGCAAGGCCUCGAGGAUGCCAGUGACCUUGUGCAGCUCAAAGUCAAAGGUGUCAUUUUCCAUUACAGAGAUGCUUUGGCUCGGUAUGCCUUCUCCUUCCAUCAGGCUCAGAUGGCCUGUGCAGCUGUCGGUGCACAAAUCGCCACCCCUGACCAGCUGCUAGCAGCUUAUCACGACGGCUACGAGCAGUGUGACGCAGGCUGGCUGGCUGAUCAGUCCGUCAGAUACCCAAUCCAAGUACCUCGUGAGGGUUGCUACGGCGAUAUGGACGGGGAACCAGGCGUGAGAAACUAUGGAACGAUGGACGUGGAGGAAAAAUAUGAUGUGUACUGUUAUGUGGAACAAAUUGAUGGUGAGGUCUUCCAUAACCCCAUCCCACAGCACUUGUCAUUCUCUGAGGCGCAGACAUAUUGCAAAGCUGCAGGAGCGGCGCUCGCUACAACAGCAGAGCUGUACGUGGCGUGGAGUGAAGGUCUGGAUCGUUGCAGCCCUGGCUGGCUCGCUGACGGCAGCGUGCGCUACCCUAUCGUAACCCCUAGAGAGCGCUGUGGAGGGCCGCAGGCGGGCGUCAAAACCCUAUAUCGCUUCAUGAACCAAACCGGCUUCCCAGAACCAACCAGCCGUCAUGAUGUUUACUGUUUUAAAGGAAAUCGGAGUGAAACCCCUAUGGAGUCAAUUGCCAGUGAAUCGGAAGAUGUCAGACAAGAUGUUGUGUUUCUUCAGGAAACAGAUGAAGAACUGCACUUGAGCCAACAUGAAGAACAAGUGGAACGAGAAGCUCAGAGUGCUCUGGAAUCAUUCCCUUUUCUCUCAGAUCCUUCUAUCAGAGAAAAUAUGGUUGAGAUGCAUCCAACGCCUAUGUCAGACAUGACUGAGUCUCCCGUCACCAGCACCUUUUCACUAGAUGUCAACCAGCCUCUUGAUAAAACUACACCUGCUACAGAAAAAAGCCAAAGUGUCACAGCAGUGAUGCCUAGCACUGCCAGCACGGGCACAGAUGAUACCCUGCAGUCGUUCAGUGCCAUCAAUGAGACAGAUUCCAACGAGAACUUUACUCUUCACCAGCUGGAGCCUGAAAGUACCACCGGGACUCCUGACCUGUCAUAUGGACCUCGCACUGAUUACAGCCCAGUGACUGACACAAACACCACAAAGCAGAUACAAACAUCUGAGACACCAAAGCACUUCCAAGCAAAGAAAGACUUGUAUUUUAACGAAACACAAGCCAAUUACAGUGAACCGAACAGCACCUACACUCAAAAAGAUCCUAAACUGGAGGUAACACCUGUGACCUUUGAGCCAACAUUUCACAUGAAACUGGAGGAGGCAGUAGUAAAGGAACCAAUGGAGACAACUCUCUCAAACAAGUCCCCAAGUGACAAAAGUCCAACUGAAGCUACACAAUCUUCAGUCUUAGCUCUCACCACACUGUGGACUCCUCUCGAUGGGUCUGGAGACCUUUCUCAAGACACUGACCUUGAAUCUGACAUCACCACACACCUGUCACCUUCCAUUUGGACCACCAGCACUUCUACUGAGUCUCAAACUGCUGUUCCAGACUCGAGCUACUCGCCUGGCUCACAGCAUUCUCCUGAACCAGUCUUGGAUGUUUUCUCCACAGCGGUGCACUUUUGGGAGGUCUCUGUUUCCAGACAUGAGGGAAGUGCUAGUUCAGAAAUUGAGGACACAGCUGCCACAGAAAGUGAGGGAACGCAGCUGCACACAACGUCUGAAGACCACCAUGUUUCUAGAGUUCGUUUAGCAGCUACUAAAUCUCCAACGGUAUCUAUGCUGGCUGGAAACACCACAAGCCUGAACCAGACAUCAGCUUAUGGAGUCCAUAUUGAUGCUACAGCUGCUUCUCAAGAAGAAGGAAGUGGUCUCGAACCUGAUACGCGUCCCCCAACUCUUAAAAAGGGUAUCCAAGAUAACACAACCAUUGAAGAUGAGGUCACAAUUUCCCCAACUGUUAAAGAUGAAUACAAGAUUACUUCAACCCAUAGUGAGGAUGUCCAAGAUACAACCACUGUAGAUAAAGAUACCCCAACCAUUCAAGAUGAAGAUGCAUUCACUCCAACAUAUGAAAAGGGAGUUACAGUUUCCCCAGCAGUUGAAGAUGUAUACACAUUUACCCUAGCUGCUGAAGAGAAGUUAUGGAAGCCAUUGAAGAGGAAAUUGCAGUUACACCAACUUCUGAAAAUAGAGGCAUGGAUACCCCUACCAUUGAAGAGAAAAAUAGACAUCUCCACAGUUGAUGCUGAAGUCACAGUUAUUCCAACUGUUGAAGCUAUAAACACAGUUACCACAACAGCUGAAAAGAAAAUUGUGGUUACCUCAACCACUGAAGCUGGAGAUAUGGUUAUGCCAACCACUGGAGAGGAAAUUACAAAUACCUUCGCUGUUACAGAUAACGUUACAGUUAUUUCAACUGUCAAAGACAAAGUCACAGUUACCCCAACUGUUGAAGCUAUAGACACAGUUACCCUAAGCACUGGACUGGAACUUAAGGUGACCCCAACUAUUGAAGAUGAAGAUAUGUUUACCCCAACUGUUGAAGAAAAAAUUGCAGGUAUCUCAACUGUUGUAGAUGAAACCCCAGUCACUGAAGAGGAAGUUACAGGUAUCUCAACUAUUGAAGAUGAAGAUACAGUUACUCCAACUGCUGACGAAGAAAUUGCAGGUAUCUCAAUUGUUGUUGAUGAAACCCCAGCCACUGUAGAGGAAGUUGCAGGUAUCGCAACUAUUGAAGAUGAAGAUAUAGUUACUCCAACCGCUGAAGAUGAACCUGCAGGUAUCUCAACUGCUGAAGAUGAGGACAUAGUUGCUCCAAUGACUGAAGAGAAAAUUGAAGGUAUCUCAACUGUUGAAGAUGGAAAUACAGUCACUCCAACUAUUGUAGAGGAAACUGCAAGAAUCUCAACUGCUGAAGAUGAAAAUACAGUUUCUCCUACUAUUGAAGAGGAAAUUGAAGUUUUUCCUCUUGAUUCUCAAACAUCCAGCUUGAUCUUGCCAAUGACCACAAAUGAACCACAAGAAUCUCUGAAUAAUCUAGAGUACAGUGGUCAAACAUCUUCCAGUGACUCAGCAGUUGCUCCAGAUUCCCCCAUAAAGUCACAGUCCUCCUCGAGCGCAAAAGCCACAGCUGCCACCAUCACAACAACCACCACACAUCAACCCAGACACACUUGGAGCCCACUCACCACAACCUCAGAAGCAUUCCAUGAGUCGUCUGUGCUGCAGGCGGCGACACCCAUGAUACCACCAGUGGAUCAAAGUCUGGUGGCUGUUGAGUUUACGCUCACCCAGCCACCCGCCCUGCUUAUCUUGCCCAAUGAGAGGGCUAGCAUAGGCGGCACAGGGAAACUUACAGAUGGCUGUGUGGUUGAUCCAUGUCUGAAUGGAGGCACGUGCACUGACAUCAGCGGGCGUGUUUCCUGCCUCUGUUUGCCGAGCUAUGGAGGAGACUUCUGUCAAACUGACCUGGAGCGAUGUGAACUGGGAUGGGACAAGUUCCACGGGUUCUGUUACCGUCACUUCAGCCAGCGUCUGAGCUGGGAGGUUGCUGAGCAGCACUGUCGCAUGAUGGGAGCUCAUCUGGUGUCAAUCAUGACCCCUGAGGAGCAGACGUACCUCAACAGGAACUACAAAGAGUACCAGUGGACCGGACUGAAUGACAAGACUGUGGAGGAUGAUUUCCGCUGGUCUGACGGGAACCCGCUGCUGUAUGAGAACUGGUACCGUGGACAGCCAGACAGCUACUUCUUGUCUGGUGAAGACUGUGUAGUGAUGGUUUGGCACGAUGGAGGGCGCUGGAGUGAUGUGCCAUGCAACUACCACCUGGCCUACACCUGCAAAAAAGGCACCUCCUUGUGCGGUCCACCACCAAAGGUCAAAAACGCUUCCAUAUUUGGAAAGAUUCGACAGAGAUACGACACAAACGCAGCUGUGCGUUAUUACUGCAGGCCAGGCUUCCAGCAGAGACUAAAACCUCUGAUCAGGUGUCUGCCUGGUGGCGAGUGGGAGGAGCCUAAGAUCCUGUGCAUCCCUGAGGCCGGAGUUUUGACCGAGCACCCUGAAGCGCUGUCACUGACCAACAGCAUCUCUGACGAUGGAUUAGAAACCACUAAAGAAUCACCACAAUACUGGGACAUCAAGUUUUAAAAUUCACUUGUGUUUUAAUUAAAUUGAAUUGUGACAAAACAAAGUGAAAAGAGUCUAAUGAAUUUAAACAAAAAAUCAUAAAUGUCUAAACAGGACAAAAGGUAUGACGCAGACACGCAGGCCAGACAAAAGUUUGGAGUUUGCAGAGCGCAGUAAGGCUCAGCCGUCGUUUACUUCAACAUUCCUGUUUCUUAAUGUCCUUUGGAAUAUUUUCUACUGUAUUUUGUUCAGAUGGAUGCAGAGUUGAUCUCGCCAGAGAUUCUGUUAUCAUGCUUCUAUGUGCAUUUCAAUCACAGAUUUCAAUGUGAAAAAAUAAGUUCUGAGAAGAAUAACUGGCAAAGCUUAAAAAGGUGGUAAAUGUGAUUCCCCAAAAAGUCAAUCACAUCUAUCGCACUUGUCCUUUUGCACUAGAAAGACACUGUUUUCUCACUGUUCUUCUUUUCUAUUUGUGUGACUGUGUGUGUGUGUGUGUGUGUGCGUGUGUUUAUCUUUUACAAAACCGGUGCUAAUGUUUUCAAUGCCCUUGUAAAAUAUCCAACAGAGAAUUCAGGAUUUAGAGUUUCAAAGUCCUUGUUUUCUACCGAGUCAACAAAUGUACAUAUAUCAGUUUUCUCGAGCUGUACCUUCAGUUUUCCUCCAGACGUGUUUGUGUUCUCAGCUUUAUGUUGUAAUAAAGAAGAAAUGCUUUUCUUAUUU